AUGCGUGUUUCUGCUCUUACCGCCACGGCUCUGGCCUUCAGCGGCAUUGCUGCUGCCAGCCCGGCUGCGCUGGAUCCCCGCCAGGCGACCGGGAUCAACGCUGCCAUGGUUGCUCGGGGUCGGAAGUACAUCGGCACCUCCCUGACGAUCCGUAACGACAAUACGGAGCAGAAUAUCAUCAAAGACAAGAACGAGUUCGGCUCCGUCACGCCCGAGAAUGCCAUGAAGUGGGAUGCCACCGAGCCCAACCAGGGCCAGUUCUCCUUCGGAGGUGCCGACCAGGUCGUCGAUUUCGCCACCCAGAACAGCAAGGAGGUCCGUUGCCACACCCUGGUGUGGUAUAGCCAGCUCCCGGGCUGGGUGUCGAACAUCAACAGCAACGCGACCCUGAUGCAAGUCAUGACGAACCACAUCCAGACCGUCAUGGGCAGGUACAAGGGCAAGUGCACGCACUGGGAUGUCGCCAACGAAGCGUUGAACGAGGACGGCACGUACCGUGACAACGUCUUCCUCCGCGUCAUCGGCGAGGCCUACCUCCCGAUCGCGUUCCGCAUCGCCGCGGCAGCCGACCCGGCGGCCAAGCUGUACUACAACGACUACAACCUCGAGUACGGCGCCGACGCGCCCAAGACUCUCGGCGCCGUCCGCAUCGCCAAGCUGAUCCAGUCGUGGGGCGUCAAGAUCGACGGCGUCGGCCUCCAGGGCCACCUGGUGACCGAGAAGACGCCCACCCAGGACGUCCCCACCCCGUCCCAGGAGGUCCUCGAGGGCAGCCUGCGCGCCUUCACCGACCUCGGCCUCGACGUCGCCUACACGGAGGUCGACAUCCGCAUGAACACCCCCGCCACCGCCGACAAGCUGCAGGUCCAGGCCGACGCCUACGCCAGGGUGGCCGCCUCGUGCCUGGCCGUGCCCCGCUGCGUCGGCAUGACCAUCUGGGGUGUCAGCGAUAAGUACUCCUGGGUCCCGCAGACUUUCUCCGGCGAGGGUGCCGCCCUCCUGUGGGACGAGAACUUGAAGAAGAAGCCCGCCUAUGACGCGUUCUUGAAGGCCAUCCAGGACACCCCCGAGAACAACGGCACGACCACCGAGUAAGCGAGGUCGAUGAGGGAUGGGUCAGGGGCAAUGUUCCCAGACUGGAAUCGUACAUAUAAAAAGAGAACGAUGCUUGUGACGAGUAAUAUAUAGCCUCUUCUUCCAGUGUAUAUUGAAACCAUGACUUUUGUACCACACAAUGUACCCACCUGCCAGACCAGCCUGUUAUGUGACUAGAGCC